AUGUAUUAUAUAAAAAAGUAUGAACACAAGCUUUUGAGUGAAACUUUAAGAUUUUUAGGCUUUACAAUAAAAUGGGGAAUUCAUGAAAACGGGUAUUGGUUAACCAACUUAAAUUAUUCGUUUGAUUAUAUUUUAUCAAACUUAAUCGUAAAAUAUUUUAAGGAUAAAAAAGCAAGGACCGUUUUAGACGUUGGGUGUGGUUAUGGGUACUACGUGAAUGAAUUGAAUUUUCAUAAAAUAAAGUCCUUUGGUGUGGAUGGUAAUUUUAAGCUAGUUAAUUCCCUGAAAAAUGAAAAUAUAUACACGCUUGAUGCUACAAGCGAACAUUUUGUGCCCAACUUGCUUGAAAAGAUUAACAUGUCCAACAAAAAAGAAGAUAUGAAAAAAAAAGAUCAACUUUUUGAAAAGAGUAAAGCUAUAAAAAUGAGUACAGAAAAUAUAAGAAACAUUUUAACAUUUGAUUACGUGUUGUGUCUGAAUGUUGGUGAAUACAUCCCUAAGAAAAAGGAAGAAGUGUUUCUUAAAAAUCUUGACAGAAUAAACAGACGAGGAAUAAUAAUAUCAUGGGACAUACCCAACAAUUUUAAUAUAGGUACAAUUAAUGAAAAAAAAGGAGAAGAAAUACUAGAUCUUUUUUUAAAUAAUUAUUGCUAUACAUAUGAUGAAAAGACUAGUAAAAUGUUUAGAGAAAACUGCAGCAAUAAUGUCCUUAAAAAUUGCAUAUACAUUUUCGAAAAAAAAAAAAUUUAA